GGAGUCCGUAUGGCAACCGGGGAGCUGAGGGAAGAAAGAAAACAUGAACAGGAGAUCGGCUCGUCCGCUCACAGAUGAAGGCUCCCAACCCCGCAGAAUGUUCGCCCUUAUCCCUCCACUUUGCAACCCAAACAUCCCGCUGACGUCUGCGUCGGUGACAUCCGAAGUCUGAGCUGCGGACGGUCCAGGGAGAGGACCGCGGACGACCCGCUGGAGGAAGUGGGGAGCGGUGCGUCUGAAAAUGGGGACCGUGAGACUUUGUCUUAUUGAGAGAAAAACCGACGUCUGGAGCAAAUGCCUUCGCACUCGUGUCUGAGAACCCGCGGUGUGUUGCUGUCUGGGGCCGAAUCGCCGUGCCUCUGGGCGGGCUGAGCGAUCCGCCGGGCCGUUGCAGAUGUCCGGGGCCAUUGUGGUUAUGAUGAGCGAUCCAGUGGCCGGACCAUGGGAGUGAUGAGGCGGCUUGGAGCCACGGAGCUCCUUCUGCUGCUCCAGUGGCUGCUCGCCCGCUCUGCUCUACUGGCGGCCGCCUGUGGUGUUGAGGUGGAGGUUCACGCGGAGAGGAGAGGGGUCAUCUACAGCCCGUCCUGGCCCCAGAACUACCCUCCAGGGGUCAACUGCUCCUGGAGCAUCCAGGCCGGCCAGGGGGAGGUCAUCACGAUCAGUUUCCGUAGCUUGGACCUGGACGACCCCGGGGGGUGUAGGGGAGACUGGCUCCUCCUCAGCCCCGCUGGUAGAGGGGAGUCCAGGGUGUGUGGCUCGUCCCUGCCCCCGCCCUUUAUCUCCAGCAGGGGGCGCCUGGGGCUCUACUUCCACUCCCAGGCCAACGGUUCGGGGCAGGCGCAGGGCUUCCGGCUGUCGUACACCAGGGGACGCCCGGGCCAGACCCGCUGCCAGCCCGACGAGUUCCUGUGCGGCAACAGGAAGUGCCUGCCGCGCGCGUGGCGCUGCAACGCCCAGGACGAGUGCGGCGACGGCAGCGACGAGGUGGGCUGCCCCACACCGGCCGCCGCCGCCGACCCCCCGGGCCUGUGCCCCCGGCGCACGCUGCCCUGCGUCCACGGCCAGUCCACGCGCUGCCUGCCCGGGGAGCUGCGCUGCGACGGCGCCCGCGACUGCCCUGACGGCUCGGACGAGCGCGGCUGCCCCGACACGGCGUGCGGGAGGCACCUGCGCAACUUCUACGGCUCCUUCGCCUCGCCCGACUUCUUCCUCCGGGCCAAUCGCAGCCCGGCGGCGGCGGCGGCGGGGGCGGAGCUGCACUGCGCGUGGUUCCUGGACACGCAGGACCCCAAGCCCAUCGUGCUGCAGCUGGAGCUGCAGCUGGGGCCGGCGGACUCGCUCAGCGUGUACGACGGGCUGCUGCAGCAGGCGGAGCAGCUGCUGCAGGUGCUGUCCCACCACAACAACCGCCGCACCGCCCUCCUGGAGUCCAGCCGCGGACAGAUGAGCCUGCUGUACCGCGCCCAGGCGCACAGCCCCGGGAGGGGCUUCAACGCCACCUACCAGGUCAAAGGUUACUGCUUCCCGGGGGAGCGCCCGUGCGGCGGCGACCAGGGCUGCUACGCCGCCAGCCGCCGCUGCGACGGCUUCUGGAACUGUCCGUCGGGCCGCGACGAGGAGGGCUGCCCCGGCUGCGCCGAGCCGGGCCACUACCCCUGCGGCCCCGCCCCCGCCCCCGGCCACGCCCCCUCCGUCCCCUGCUACCCGCCCCACGAGCGCUGCAACAACCUCAAGAGCUGCCCCGGCGGCGACGACGAGAGCAGCUGCUACGCGUGCCAGCCGGGGAACUUCCACUGCCAGAGCAACCUGUGCAUCCCCGAGACGUGGCGCUGCGACGGGCAGCAGGACUGCCUGGACGCCAGCGACGAGGCGGGCUGCCAGGCCGCCGUGCCGCGCAAGGUGAUCACGGCGGCCCUCAUCGGCAGCCUGGUGUGCAGCCUGCUGCUGGUCAUCGCCCUGGGGUGCGCCUUCAAGCUCUACUCCCUGCGCAGCUCCGACAGCAGAGCCUUUGAGACCCAGAUGACCCGUCUGGAGGCGGAGUUUGUCCAGAGAGAAGCCCCGCCCUCUUACGGACAGCUGAUCGCUCAGGGUCUCAUCCCCCCAGUGGAGGACUUCCCCCUUUAUAACCCAACCCAGACCUCGGUGAUCCAGAACCUCCGCUCGGCAAUGUGCCGGCGGAUCCGCCGGAGCUCCUCCCGCCGCCGCGUCGCUCGCCUGUGGCGCCGCGUCUCCCAGAGGAUCCGCCCCCGCGGCCACGCCUCCCUGCUGACCCCGCCCACCGGGGCCCUGGCGCUGCACUGCUACCGCACGGUGGAGACCCGGGGCCACGCACCCCCCUCGUCCGGCUCCUCCCCCCUCUCCCCCGACAGGACCUCGGACCGCCAGGAGGGGGCGGCGUUGUCCCCCGGCUCGGCGGAGAGCUGGCCCGCCGGGGGGGGCGGCUCCCGGCCCAGCCCGGACGGCAGCGACUCCUCGGAUCCCGAGGCCCCCCCCGCCGCCCCCCUCCCCUCCUGCAGAGUCCCCCGGAGGGCCUCCAGGAAGAUGGUCCUGGGGCUGACGGUCAGCCUGAGGGGCGUGGCUCUGCAGCGCUACUCCCCCCUGGGUCACAUGUCCCCCAGCCUGCCCCCCGCCUCCAUGAGGGACCCCCCGCCGGAGGAGGGGUUCGGGAGGGCGCCGCGCUAGGCCAGGCGCCGCCCAGUGAUCCAGGUGGGCGGAGCUAUCCCCGUGCUGCUGAACUGCACCUCCACCUGCGCUCCGGGCAAGGUUCCAGCCAGGCCAGAGGGGAUUGUGGGUAAUGGCCGUCGUUGGAUUCCUCGCUGGGUUGUGAACUCCUGUAUGGUACAAUGUCUACACGAGCUGCGUCGCCGCUCUGAUCUACAGAGGACUCUUCCCUCAUGGUCCUUAGUUAUUUUGAGUGUUUCCUGAAGAAGUGAUGACAUCGAAGGAUGGAGAUGAACUGUUAGGAGGGGCCUGUUGUGAACAUAUAGUUUUAUCUGGUAAAAGUUAGACUCUACUGUGUAUUACCUGAAAUGUUUUGUAAUGAUCUCGUAAGGUUUGUUUCUGUACUCGGAUCUCGUGCGUCUGGGUUUGAAUCCUCAGGUUGAGCAGACAUCUAAGGACCAGGCUUGGGUUUAGCCUCACAAAGAUUCAGUUUGAAUACGUCCCGGGUGUGUAAACACAGCGGUGUGUUCACAUCAGGAGACGACGACGUGACCAAGAGCCUCUGGCUUCAGAUCCACUGGACAACGGCUGGACCUCAGAGACUGAAGACUGUGUUCAUAUGCCUUAAUACUGCUGCCCCUCUCACCUGCGUCGUGGUCCAACACUGUCCUAGACCCUGCUGGGUCUGGAGGCCUGCUGAUUGUGGACAGGUGUGUCUAAUGGAAACAUCACACACACACGCACACACAGGCUGACAUGCACACGUGUGUCUGCGUGUGCGUGUCAGUAAGGUUUUCCAUGGCCUUAUUCUAGAUGAGCGUUUCUUAAACUACGGGGUCAGGACCCAGAUUGACUCUAAGGAGUCUGAGGUGGCUUCCAGCUGAACAAUGCGCAGAACAUCGGGACUAACGGACAUUCAAAUGUAUUUUGGGUCCCUGGGUGAACGCGUUUAAGACUCUUCCUGUGUUUUAACAUGCAAGUCUGUUGGUUUAAAGGUGGACACGUUUUUGGAAAAAAUGUUUUCUUUCUAAAGUGUAAUUUUCAUAAAUCCUUCAAUGUCCAUCGUGUACUGAUACUGUCAUUUACUAAACUAUUUCUAGAGAAACAUCUGCUGCUUUUUAGGUCCAACGGGUGACUGAAAGCUUUGUAUUAGGCUUUGGCUGAAGACUGUGUUUUUUUUGGAGGCUGCUGUUACGUCUUUAAAUACUUUUAACACAGAAAGCCAUCAACGGUCCCCUCCUGUGACUGAAGAGGUCGCUGCUUUCCUAAUACUUGGAUCCAUGGAUACAACUCUCCUGAGAAUGCUGUGUUUAGAAGAUCAAUUUUAGAUGCUGUUAACAAGGAUAAUCAGGUGUCAAAUCAAAUGCUCAAAAUAUAAAUGAACUUUUCUUUGCAAAAAAAUACUGAGUGUAAAGAACUCUGAAGUUUAACCGUUUGCUUUCAAACUGUAGCCUCAACUAUCCCGAUACAUUUAUGAAUGAAUUAUACAGUUUAAUUCUGUUUCUAUUCUAGUAUGCGAUGUAUUUUUUGCCUGGCAUCUGUAUCCAGGAUCCAGCUAUUAGGGGAUUGUGUUUUUUAUAUUUGUUCAAAGACAUCGCACUACUUCUCUAUUUAUAUUUAGUACUACUACCAUUUAUAUUUGUGUCCCAGACAUUUCAUACUGUUUAUUCCCCAUUUAGAUUUCGAACACUGUCAGUAACUUGCAUGUAUGUCUGUCUCUCUGUCUGUCGGUCGGUCUGUCCGUAUAUAUUUUGCAAAGCCUUCUUUGCAUUCAGAACCAGGACCGUCUAUAUCAGAACCCUGACCCUAUGUACAUCAGAACCCAGACCCUAUGUACAUAAGAACCAUCAGUAUCCAGACCCUCUCAAUUUAAACAGUUGAUGAAACACAAGAUGUACAAACACUAUUUAUUGUCAUGAAUGUGUUUGUCUCUGCCAUUGUUUUUUAUUAAAGGAAACUGGUAAAAUAGAAA